AUGCAAAAUUAUGAAAUAUUAGAGAAAUUGUAUGAAUCUAAGACAACUGUAAUCCAUAAAGUUAGAGAUGUUAAAAAUAAUAAUAUUUAUGCAAUGAAAGAAUUCAUGGGAUUCCAUAAUUAAGGUACUUUAGUUGUUUUUCUUUAGGUCUAAAUGAAAUCUAAUUAAUUAAGAAAUGUUAAAUUCCUUUUGUUAUUAAAAUAAAGGAGGCUUUUAUUUUAGAUGAUAAUGUAAUAGUAAUUAUGGAAUAUGCAGAUUAAGGAAAUCUUAAAUAAUUCAUAGGGCAACAUUAAGGUGUUUUUAUUUAAGAAAGAGUUAUUUGUAAAAUUCUGAUUUAAUUGGUCUUUAUUCUAAUAUAUCUAAGAGAAAAUUAAAUAUGUUAUAAAGGAUUAAAUCCUGAAAAUAUUUUAAUUCAUUAAGAUUAAAUUAGGAUAGCUGAUUUUGGAAUAGACAAUUUGAUAUUGCAUUAAAAACCAAGUUAUCGACCUCCAGAAUUGUUGUUUCAUAAUAAGUUUUCAUAUAAAUCUAUUAUGUAUUAAUUGGGACUGAUUUUAUAUGAAUUGACUACAUAGAGACACCUUUUUAAAUUUGAAUUAAUAGAACAAAUAAAGGCUGUCAUUCAUAAUGGAGGAGCGUAAUUGUAAUUAUCAUAUAAGAAUUGUAAAAAUACCGUCGUUUUAUUCUAAGUAACUUCGAUUUAUAAUUAAAAAUUGCCUUGAACUUCAAGAAUCAGAAAGACUUGAUAUCCGUCAAUUAAUUCACAAUGAAAAUUUUAAAUUUAUACUGAACCAAAAAUAUAUGACUUUUACAUUUGAAUAAUAAAGUAUCUUUGAUAAAUGGUGUAAUGUUUAAUCAUAAAAUGAAUAAAUAAUUAGUAUUGAUAUUCCAAUAAAUGAGAAUGAAAAUAAAGAUAGAUAAUCUAAUUAUACAGCAUACACAUAAGAAAUCAAAUAAAUUCAUAAAUCAACAAUUAUAGAAACAAAGAUUUAAUAUCAAAAAUCAAUUCAUAAAUCUAAUCUCCAAAGAUAAUAAGAUGAAAUAAUGAGUCUUAGACCUUUGUCUUCAUAAACUAAGAUGACUUAAUCAACUCCUAUAUUAAAAACCAAUAAUUUUUUUGGUAAGAACAACUUUAUUAUUCAAAAUAAUAGAAAAAUAAAAUCUUCUAUUCGUAGAGGAUAAUAAAGUAAUUAACUUUAUAGUGCAGGUAAUUAAGAUACAUGUCUUAAAUCUUAAGAUAUUAUUGAUAAUCUUAUUAAAUUGAAGAUGGAAUAGUGUAUUGAAACAAUUGGAGUAGAAGAAACUGUUUAAACAUUAGAUUUCCUUAGAUAAGGAGGAUCUAUAAAUGAAUUUCUUUCUAAAUAUCAAGAUUUAAAACAUUAAUGUAUAGCAAAACAUUUAUAAGACAUUAUUUCAUUUUCUUAAGUAUGA